AUGUUUAAAUGCGAACAGUGUCCGUCCACGUUUACACGUAAAGAUACUUUAGUGAGACAUGGAAAAACUCAUACCGGUAUUCAUUUUCCAUGCACUAUAUGUCAAUCAACAUUCGCCUACAAAACCAGUCUCACCAAACAUUUGAAAAAUGUUCAUGAUAUCGUACCAGCUCUUCGCCAACCAUAUGCGCAGCUCGACCAACCGCCUGCACCGAUUGUUGCCCAACAAAGUGUCAUACAGUUCGCACUAUCGUCUACUCCACAGGGUCAUAUUCAAAUCGCGCCGCAGAUAUUUGUCCCCGAUGUUUCUGCUGGUGGCUCGAACAUGAUGUCCGAGGACGAGAUUUGCAUGGCAGCUAUGGAUGAAUAUGAGGAUACAGGUUAG